AAUCGAUAACAUUAAUAUUCGCAAUUUGCUGAGAAAUUGAUAGAAUUAAGGGCAUUUGGAUCUUCUGGCAAACUUUUACGCAAUCAACAUUAUAGACAUAAAUUAUGAAAUUUGCGUUGAAAUUUAUAUCAGAAAAUAUAAGAUGUGAAAUAUUCAAUCGACCAGUGAAAAGAGUAGGGGAACGCAUACUCACUGAUGUCUCCAGUCUUUGCAGUAAUACUUAGAAGCUCACAGAAAAAUGAUACAUCUAGGAGCUCGAUAUUACAGUCUCAAUAGACUUCUAUUGCUUGCUGUUGGUUUAUGGCCUUAUCAGCAAUCCAAAUUUGCUCAAUUUCAGUUUAUCUUUUUCUCUGCUACUCUGUCAGCAGGUAUUAUAUUUCAGCUGACACCAUUAAUAGUAUUAAAGUGUACUUCGGACCUUGUUACCAAAGUGUUGUCUUCUGCAUCUUUCUUUACAACGUUUAUAAUAACAUAUAACGCAUUCCGUCUUAACAUUGAAGUUGUGAAAAAGUUAUUGAUGGAGCUUCAACAUAUACUGAACGAAUUAAGGGAUAAAAACGAAAUUGCUAUUGCAGAAAAAUAUAGUUGUAUCGCUAAUCGUUACACGAUUGCGCUUGCGGCACUUGGAGUUUGUGGAAUAUUUGUUAGUAUUAUAGUUCAAUUUUGGUCGAAUUUGAUUAAUGUUGAUGUACCGAUGAAUAUAUCUCACCAACGGUCACGUCAUUUAUUUAUUAUAACAGAGUAUUUUGUCGAUCAAGAGAAGUAUUUCUAUUUGAUUUUGUUCCAUGUGUACGUAGUUUUUUCCAUCGGAGCAACUGUAAUGGUAGGAAUAGGUGCAAUGCUUAUUACGUAUUUUCAACAUACCUGUGGAAUGUUUAGAAUUGCUAGCUAUCGUAUUGAACAUGCAAUGAGUAUCGACAUUUUACAAAAUAUUACGCUAAAAAAUAAGAUUCUGAUGAUCGAGGGCAUAAUUUAUGCGGUCAACAUUCAUCGGCAAGCUAUGAAACUGUCUAAGCAUUUGUUGUACGCAUUCGAGAUACUGAUGUUUUGCUUAAUAACGUGUGGAGUGGUUUGUGUGAGCAUCAACCUAUUUCAAAUUGCAUCAUCUGAUGGAAAUAAUGUUGAGGAAUUCUUAUUUUCGUUUUUUCUUGUAUUUGCUUGUGUCACGUAUAUGUUUAUAGCCAACUAUAUCGGGCAGAUUAUAUCGGAUCAUAAUAAUCACGUAUUUUCUACUGCGUACAAUGCGCAGUGGUAUAGAGCUCCAAUACACAUACAGAAGAUGAUAUUGUUCCUGUUACAAAGACAAACCAAGGAGUUUACUUUGAGUGUUGGUAAAUUAUUUCAUGCAUCUAUGGAAUGUUUUGCUACGCUGGUUAAGACUUCGGUAUCUUACUUUACCGUCAUAUAUUCUACACGAUAACGAAGCAAGUAUGAAUUUAAUAACAGCAUGGUGAGAAUAUAGCUAAUGAAAAAGCAAUAGUAUUCAUGCUUAGAAAAUAGAAAUAUUAAUUGU